CACGAUGGAUUUAAAGAUCGUUGAUACCAUAAAAAAAGGUCUGCAAGAAGUGGAAAAAUAUGAUACAAUUGUUAUAAACACUUCUAGAGAGUAUAAAGAGUAUUUAAAAGAAGCGUUUCCAGCAUUUAUUGUUAAUCCUGGUCGACAGUUCGAACAGUCUACAGAAGUGUACGUGACGGAGAGUGAUUGUAAAGUUGUUAACUACUCGCUGUUUAUCUACGGUGUUUACAUAAAGAAGUGCCGUAAUGUCUCGCAAACACCGAUGCCGAAUGUGAAUAAUGCUGUAUCUGAUAUAUUCCACGAUUUUGUACAAUUUUACGCUGCAGAUUCGUUUAACUUUGUUGCAGCAGGUAGAGAAGAUGUAGAUGUGAUCAAUGUAUCAGGUAGGCCCUUUUUUGUAGAGCUAAAGAAUCCAAGACAGCAUCUUUUCGUGCCAAUUCCAGUUGUGUACUGGGAAAAUGAUUUCGUGCUUCUUAAAAAUUUAUUAAGAGUGAAAGGCAAGCCGAUUAAGAAAAUAAUUUUAGACGGUGAAAGGGAACAUAAGAAGAGAUAUAGCGCUAUUGUAUUCUGUAGCAAACCGAGUGAUCCCACUAAUCUAUUUAAUUUUGAAGGCGAAGGUGAUCAUGACACUGAUGCUGAAAAUUUACUGCACAGCAGUGAUCUUGAACAGCUGGUCAAUAAGAAGUUGUUGGUAAUGCAGAAAACACCGCUCCGUGUGUUGCAUCGGCGAGCCAACAUGAAUAGACCUAAAGAAAUCGAAAUCACUAAGAUAAAAAAAUACCAGCAAUACUUACGAGUAACCAUUUUGUCAUCAGCAGGUGCGUAUAUCAAGGAGUUUAUCACCGGCGACUUUGGACGAACAACGCCUUCCUUGGCAUCAUUGCUUGGAUGCUGGUGUGAUUGCGUUGAACUGAACGUUCUUGAGGUAGAAGCUAAAGAUGUUCCGGAAGAUUGUAUCUAUGAAGUAAUGUAAAAUAGAAUGCUUUUGUUGAAAGGUAGCAAUAUUGUGCGGAAUGUUUUUGAUAAAGUUAUGUUAAAAAAGAAAUGAAAUUGCCUUUGUAAUUUUAUUUUUCAAAAACUGCGCUUUUAGGAAAAAUGUUGAAAUAAAUAGCAUUAAAUUUGCAAAGUAAGUUCCAUGAAAGUUGGUGAUAACGACAUAAAAUGACUCUAUGAGAGCAUGGAUGCAACAUUCAAAUCUAAAAUAUACGUCUCUUGCCCAUUUUAAAGUACUAAAACGUCUCUAAUUCAACUAAUCGUGAGAGGAGAACUAAAAUACGGAAUGCGCUUACC